CUCCCCAUCCCACCUCAGCCUGCUCGGCCGACGGCCUCCCUCUCCGCCGACGCCAUGAGCUCCGGCACGCCGUAUAUCGGGAGCAAGAUAAGCCUCAUCUCCAAGGCGCAGAUUCGCUAUGAGGGCAUCCUCUACACCAUCGACACCGACAACUCCACCGUCGCCCUCGCCAAGGUGCGCUCAUUUGGAACAGAAGAUCGUCCCACAGACCGCCCUGCUCCUCCAAGGGAAGAAGUUUAUGAAUAUAUCAUCUUCCGAGGGAGUGACAUUAAAGAUAUCACUGUAUGUGAGCCUCCGAAAGCGCAGCAUAAUCUGCCCCAAGAUCCCGCUAUUGUCCAAUCGUCUCUGAGCUCUGCAUCUGCAUCUUCUUUUCAACCUCAUGUGCCUUAUAGUCCUUUCAGAGGGAUGUCAUCCUACGGUCAGCUUGCCGCCAAUUCUUUAAUUGGACAGCAAUAUGCAGCAUCCCUUGGUUUAGAGAAGCUGGUAAGCCCUCCAGCAUCAGCAGCUGCUUCCAGUCCUAGCACUUCUUCAUCUCCUCAGCCAGUUUCAGAGCCUGACUUGUCAUCAGAGCCACAUCUGCUGUCUUCUAAGGGUGCUGCUUUUCCAUCUGUUCAUUCAGUGCGCAAAAGUCCAAUGGUGGAGCAGGCUGUUCAGACUGGCCCGCUGGAUAACAGCUUGAAUCCCAAAAAGGCAGUCAAAGCUCCUCCAGCAAUUCAACGCAACACACGUCAGAUUCCACAGAAUCACAAGACAAAUGAUAUAGUUGACCCAACACCUGUGCAAACGCAAGGGCAGGUGAAUGAUGAGAAUAGAAGGCCCCAGAGGAGGAGAUCAGGAAAUAGAAGAACUAGGAAUCGUUCCAGAGGACAGAAUCGACCAGCUGCCGUGAAAGAGAAUACAAUCAAGUUUGAAGGUGACUUUGAUUUUGAAAGCGCCAAUGCACAGUUCAACCGAGAAGAAUUGGAUAAAGAAUUCAGAAAGAAACUGAAUUUCAAGGAUGAUAAAGUUGACACCGGAGAAGAAAAGGGAGAGCCUACUGUGGCUGCUGAAAACUGUGAUGGCAAUCCAGAUGAAGAUCUACUGGGACCCAACUGCUAUUAUGACAAAACAAAAUCUUUCUUUGAUAACAUCUCAUCAGAACUAAAGUCUAGUUCACGGCGUACAACGUGGGCUGAAGAACGGAAGCUGAACACGGAGACCUUUGGUGUUUCUGGGCGAUUUCUCCGUGGCCGCAAUUUUCGUGGGGGAUUUCGUGGUGGAAGGGGGGGGUCUGGAGCUGUGCGGCGAAGUCAGGCUACUCCCAGAGUUGGGACUGGAAGAGUUUGAAUUCAGCAGAGCUUUCGGCCACAUCGCUAUGAAGUCUUGUACAUAGGAAGGAGGGAACAAUACAAACUGCUGCACUUAAAAAUGGGUGAAUGAAACGUUUACUUUCACAAGCCUGAAUUACGAUGGGAUUAUUGCUAGUCUGUCACAGCAGAUGGGAGCACUGGGAUUGCUUCAACAGGAGUGCACUCUGGUUCAAGGUUUUUUUUUUCUCCCCAAUUUUUCUCUUUUUGGGGGUGAGUGUCUUUUGCAAGUAGUGCUGCUGCUUAAGUUCUAGCCGCAAGGAACCUGUGCUGCUGCUUAAGUUCUAGCCGCUGUUGUAGUUGAACAUAAGGGAGGAGUACUUGUUCUAUUCCUAAAGAAAGCGAUGCAAUUCUGAACUCUUUAAGAAAAAAUGAAACCAGCAAUUUAAAUUUGGAGAACGGACAGGUCUGCUGGUGUCCUUUUUCUUCUGACUUCU